UUCCGAACCGCCAAUACGCCUCAUCCAUAACGUACGAUACCGCACACGGAAACCGAUCACACGGCGAUACCACAAUUCGCCAAAUCAUCGCAAUGGGUAUCUGGGACGCUUUCUCCGAGAUUGUUGAGGCGGUGACGCCAUGGAGUGUUGUGGAGGCCGAAGCUCCGGCUGAGGAAACCCAGGAGGCUCCCGAGGCCCAGGUAGAGGAGAAGAAGGAGGAGCCUGAAGAGGAACCCGCCGCCGAGGAAGAGGAGGAGGAGGAGGAGGAAGAAGAUGAGGAGGAGCCCAAGGAUCCUAAGGAGGAGCUCGAGGAAGAGUGCAAGAACUCUCCCCAGUGCUCCCCCGCCAAGCACCACUUCGACGAGUGCGUUGAGCGAGUUCACCAGCAGGAGAGCGAGGGCGAGGCCAAGGAGGACUGCGUCGAGGAGUUCUUCCAUCUUGCUCACUGCGCUUCCGCAUGCGCCGCCCCCAAGCUGUGGUCCAAGCUGAAAUAAACGUCCUUAUGGAAAAGAAAGAAAACAAAAAAUGAAUCAUACGCCCGACGAAAGCAUGCUCGAAUCUGGGAAGGGAAAAGAGAAUAGAGGGGAGGAAUGUCGACAAAAAAGAGUUCAAUUCACCUUUUGGUUGGGAUAUGUUCAUUAGAUGGCCGGCUUCUCUGUCCACCACGGCCUACGACAAAAACAGCAGCUUCAUCGUUUCGGCGGAGCUGCCCUGUGUGUAAUCUUACGCUCAGCGAGCAAUUGAAAAAAAUAGAUUUUUCUCCUUCAUUUUCCACCAUGAUGACAUGGUUUUCUCGUCAACGCCGU